UGUUGGUUUCGCACGGCAUCUUCAUCCGCCUGCACUCCUGGCUUACCUCCUUACAUCCCAGCAUGAUUUCUACAGACAAGAGCCUCCCCGAGGGCUAUGCGCUUCAGCAUGGCUACCCCUCGACCUCCCAAUAUCUUCAUCUCCGCUCUGUGGCCGGACUCACCGCGAAAACAACGUCCCAGGCGGCUGCAGUAGCCACUGGCAGCUGGUUCGGCUGCUACAUUACCUUCGAGGCCGCCCAGGGCGAUCCGCAACCGAUUGGCAUGGGAAGAGUGAUCGGAGACGGUGGCUGGUACUUUCAUAUUGCCGAUAUGGCCGUGCAUCCGGAUCACCAGAGGAAGGGUCUUGGGGAUGUGAUUCUGAAAACGCUCCUCCAGCAUAUUCACCGGGAAGCCCCUGCCGAUGGAAAGCCAUAUAUCACGCUGUUUGCCGAUGAGCCAGGCCGAAAACUAUACUAUAAGAAUGGAUUUGUGGAUCCAGCUCCUGGUCAGCUAGGCAUGGCCUUGAAAUAGAUCAUCAUUGAAAAAUUGAUCAAAAUGCCACGACGUGUCCUUUUAAUCCGAAC